CGUGCGUCAACUUCUGAUUACCCCGGGAAGUGAUUUGCCCUGGAGUGACAACCUUGAAAUGAAAGGAAACUACAAGUUGAUAUCAAAUUAAAGUGAUUAAUUAAAACAUUGAAAGAAAUCAAACAACUCGAAUGAUGACGAUGUGCAAGAACAUCGUAAUAUUUGCGUUGAUAUCCGUGCACAUCCAGUUCUCACGUUCUUUGGGUGACUGCACCAAAUACGACUUCUCCAUAUGCUGGUUGGUGAAGGACACAAACGCAACUGUUAGACCAAAAAUCAGUGUGUGGUUAAAUGAAGCUGAACUGAUGUCCAUUGGGACGGUCGGGAAAUUUAACUCUCUGACCGUCCCAAAAUCCGAGCGCCACUCUCUGCAACUUCAGUAUGGACACCUUGCGCGAACUUGGACAUUUUCUGUCAGUGACAGCUUACAUACCAUAGAGCUUCAAAGUCUAGAUUCUGCAAAAGAGGAAACACCCAAUGAAUUUUCACUGGAUGCCUUGAAGGUAUUUUCACCCGAGCAAUUCUUUGCAUGUGAGAAAGACCCUCUAUAUCUCCAUCAAAGUGAAGACUUCAUUCUGAUGCUGGGCCACUCCACUCGCUUUCCCCUGAAAUUGGAGUCCCACAGCUCCGCCAUGUUGCUCGUGUCCUGGAGAGCCACACCCGACCCCGCGACCCCUCUUCCUCGGACUCUUCGUCGCUCCUCUGUCUCCAUCUACCACCUGGAGCUGGGGGCCUACACCACGCACAGUGUGGACACCACAGACGCCCGGUACUACCGCUUCAGCAGUCUGAAGGGAUGCAUGCCCUAUGUGGCCUGCCACGAGAUGCCAACGAGACCCUCGGUCACCUGUCUGUUCACCAUCACAGAUCCAGAUGUGCCCAGAAACGUCCAGGUGACCUCGUGGAACACCAGUCAGGUGACUGUGGCCUGGGACUGCCCAGAGAACAAUAUGUUCUCUCUCUUCCUGCUCACAAUGCUACACCUCAACGGCACAGACCACGUGGUCGAGGAGACGAUCUACCGGCACACGCGGAGACCGUUCGUCUUCACCGCGUCCGACCUGCCACCGUGCAGCCGCGUUCAGUUCGGCCUCCAGACGGUGUGUGUGUCCGGCACAGACUCCCGCACCAGCAAGACCGUGAUGACCGACGGGAACUCUGCCCAUUCUUCAAUACAAAGCAUCCAUCAGUCUUCUGCGGGGCCAGACAACUACACCUUGAGCUGGUCGGUCAUGAACGCCUCACUGAUCGCAGUGUUCAAAGUGUACCACCAGGGGGCACUGCAGGCCUCCACGUUCCUCACCACCCACACAGUGACUGGUCUGGUCCCAUGUCAGCGUUACGUGGCCAGGGUAGAAGCUGUGUGUGGCGAGAGCAUUGUCAUGAACGUGAAGACACUUCAGACGCACACAGGUCCCAGUGUUGUGUCUGACCUGCGCUAUCAAGCGGAGGACUCCACCGCUCUGUGGAGCGGCCCCUCCAGCCCCGGCGGGUCCUUCCGCUACAGUCUCACCCUGGAGGAUGGCUCUCCGGUCAGGAGCGGACGCCUUCGAGAGCCCCUGCUUCCCCUGGAGCAUCUGCCCCCGGACCGGCCUUACGUGCUGGAGGUGUGGGAGGAGUGCCACGGGUGGGGGUCCCCCAGCAGGAAGGUGCUGUGCUUCGGCGCGCAGAAAGUGCCGGAAGUGGAUGUCGGAUUGCGGCUUGACGGUGCCAUGUUCGGACGCGUGGAUCUCUCCUCCAGCCAAGUAGAUGACUUCAUGAGGUCUUCUCUGGCCAUGGUUGUACCUUGGAGGCUGCCUGCCGAGUUACAGGACCCAAAGUCACCACCACGACUUCAGCUGAAACGCAUCAUCAUAAACAAAAUCUCAGAGCUUGUCAAAGACUUCCCCCACCCUGCAAAUGUUGACGUUUUGACAUUUGAAGACUAUGGAAAUGGAACACAGACAAAAAUCGGUUUUGUGGUGUUGAAGGCCUCGGUUAAAGAAACAAGGGUUCCAUUCUCUUCAGAUGAAAUGCUAACAUUUAUCCAGUCUCUUUCACAAACUGGAAUUACAGUCAAUGAUGGCAUUAUCUACUGGGAUGACCCGGAUGAGUGUUCCAUGCUUGAGCUUAACCAUUGCACUCCUCACUCCGUGUGCAUCAAUACCUUGGAUUCCUACACCUGUGUCUGCCAAAGCGGCUACUAUGACAUCAGUCCCCUCAUCAGUCCAACCACAGCGUGCCAUGAGAAGGGCUUGUUCACACAGUGCUCUCAAGCAUUCAUUAUGGGCAGUGUUGCCAAGGCUCACCUGGUGGACUACUUAGGGGGCAACGUCACAGUGGUCCUGAACGACGGGCGAUGCCAAGUUUCAGACAGUGGCACCCUGUACUACUUCAGGACAUCGCGCCACCCUAAUCACUGUGGCACGAGCGUAGUGGUGAACAGGACCCACAUUGAGUUCAUGAACGUGUUGACGGUGACACUGAGCAGAGAGAUGGUCAUCACUCGGCGAGACCUGAAGGUGGUCUGGAAGUGUAUCUACCCCAGGAGCUACCUCCGCAACACCGAGAUGAAUGUCCACCUGGAGUGGCCGUUCUCUUACACACUGGUAGAGUACAACUCCUCUCAUAUCCUAGAAGUUGCCAUGGCCUUGUACAAGGACAACUCAUUUACAGACAACUACACACACGCCAUCAUCCUCUAUCCAGAAGACUUCCUGUAUUUGGAGGUGAUCCUGAACGCACACAACACAUUUGCAUCCGAUCUACUUCUGGAAGUGGUGACGUGCUGGGCAACAGAGAGCAGCAACCCUCUGGACGAAACCCAGGGCGUACUACUCAGAGAUGGAUGCCCAGUUGACCGAACAUUCCGAUGGCUAUCAAAAAAUGGCAUGGCACAGAUGACCCGGUUCUCGGUCCAGAUGUUCUCUAUGCCGGCUGGACUGCCAUUCUACAUCCACUGCCUCACCAGAGUCUGCGCCCCAGAUGAGAAUUGUACCACGACUUGCCCUGCCAAGAUGUCAUCCAAAGUCCGCAGGGAUCUACGCCAGACUCCAUCGACUGUUGUAUCUGCUGGGCCGUUGUUGGUUGGUAACAUCUUGUCAACUCGCAGCACACACUCGAAAUGGAAGGAGGUUGCGAUGCUUGUGGCAAUACUUGGAGGAAGUAUAGGCUCUCUGGUGUUGACCUUCUUAGUUGUAACUGCAGUGAAAACACUUCUAAACCACUCUGGCAGAGUUCAAUAAAUCAACAUAAAAUAUUGUGCAAUGUUAUUUUUUUUCUCUGUGAUUUUAAUGUUUUUAAGCCUGUGUGUGUGAGUCUGGGGGCAUACAUGCAUAGGCUACAUGGCAGUGUUGGUGU